UGCGAACCGAGAACGGGCGAGCGAGCGAGGGAGGGAGAGAGAGAGAAUCAAAGACACGACGAUGGCCCAUCGCUCCUCACCUUCUUCGCAUUCCUGGCAUCGGCCGUGCCCGAUUCUUUCGUCUCCUCUUCCGAGCAGGUCUCUCCCUCUCCCUCUCCCUCCCUCGCUGGCUCCCGAAAAGCCGAAAGAUCGAAUGAAUCGUUUCGCGUGGAAUUCGCAGUGAUGGCGAGGCAGCGAAUCUCGAGCGCGCGAGGGGCGGAGCGGGAGGAGCAGCAGUCGAGGCCGAUCGAUAACAUCGCCAAGCACUCCCAGCAGCGGCGCGGCCCGCCUCCCAAGCGCCGCUCCGAUUUCUCCUUCUUCACCUCCUCCUCCGCCUCCGCCUCCGCCUCUUCCUCUCCUCCUUCUUCCAUGUCCACUUCAGAUUACUCGCCAAGAUUCUCUAACGGUAAAGAUGGACUGUCAAAUGUUGCUGCAGUCAGUUCAGAUGAAGCAAAGGAUUCAGGAAGGCAAUCUCUAGCAUUCACUCCGGUCAAAUGCUGCAAGUCAUGGAUGCUGGUCGCGCCAAACAAAUUUCAGGGUACAGAAAGCAGUGAUGUUUGCAUGACUCGAGUGAGUGUUGUAUUGGAAAGAACGGACUAUGAAGUGUUGUCUCCUGCUGAACUGCAAGCGUCAAAUGAGGACCAUGCGAGCCGAGUCCAACAGUUAUCUUCUCCUGAUGAGCCAAAUAACUUAGAUCGGGCAGACCCUUUUUCUGGUGGAUGCAUCAUAUCAAAUCUGAGAAGCGUGGAAGAUGACUCCUCAGAAAAAGGGAGAGGCAAGAGAAAAAGAAAGCCUAGAUCUUUCUUCAGUGAUGACCUAUACUUACCGCCGAGAUCUCCAAAAAAGGUCCGCCGAUAUAGGAUAAUGCGGUACCUAGGGCUCAUGGCUCCCGUAGGCUCUCCUUAUUCAGUCAAUAAUUAGCAUUGCUUCUGGAAUUAUGGGAGUUUUUGAUAUUUAAUUUCCUGGUUCGGUAGAAUCUCACCUUGUUCGUGUAUAGUAACAGAUCACUCAGCUAAGUGUAUGAGAGGGAUUUUGCUGCAUUAUCUAACCACUGCCCCGUUGAUUAGGAGAUAUUUUUUUCGAGAGGAUAUGAGCUACAUGGUCUUUUUCUUUAUUUUGGCCAUAACAUGAUUCUCCUUUCUUCUGCA